AUGCAGGCCCAGCUCGACGAUUUCGGCGACGCCGUCGCGCCGCUGCCGCCGCUGCAGCAGGCCGGCGUCCAGUACCUGGACACGACGGCGAUCGGAGAGAUCCUGGACGCGCGCAUCGCGCCGUCCGUCUGCAACUUCGUCAAGAAAACGGCGGAGCUGAACGACCUCGUCUUCGGCGGCCUCCAGGUCGGCUACACGCCCAACGAGAAGACGACCUACGAGAGCGUCUGCGGCAAGCACCUCUACACGUUCCCGAACCAGGACUACUACGACGACAAGAACAAUCUGGUCAUGAUGAAGCCCAACUGCAGCAUGAACGAGUUCUGCCACAUCGUCCACCCGGCCCGCGUCUUCUGCGGAACGAACAGCCCCGGCCAGCCCGGCGACUGGUCCCUGUUCAACCUCCUCGUCGGCGGCCCCGUCUUCAUCGAGCGGUCCAACCACCCGCACAAGCUCUACUCCGUCAUCCCGGCCUUCUCCCUCGACGGCGGCAUGAACCCCGCGGCCAUGCACCUGGACAGCAACAACCACAAGAACGUCGCCGGCGGCAAGGGCCUCCUCAAGGUCGCCUGGAAGUUCGUCCCCGGCCUCUACCGCUGGCCCGUGCGCCACCACGCGGCCAAGAGCUACGACGGCCUCAUCGGCCAGACGGAGUUCUGCGAGUGGUGCGCCAACGAGGGCUACCUCCUGGACAUCGACGGCAACUUCUACGUCGUCUGCAACUACUGGAAGUACCGGGACACCUACGCGCAGCUCUCGGAGUGCAUCAACCGCUUCGGCAAGCUCCGCGACACGCCCCGCGGCCACCGCCUCGACGCCUUCGAGCGCUUCCUCGGCGGCUGCGCGGCCGAGGUCAAGCACAAGGGCAACCUCAAGCACAUCCCCCUCUUCCUCAUCACGAACAUGUACGUCGCCACGGACGACAAGCAGAUGCACACGACCGAGGGCGGCCUGGAAAAGAAGCGCAUGGUGCUCACGACGCACGAGCGGGCCCGCAACGGCAUCGAGGUCCUCUACACGCUCAACCAGAUGUGCGAGAUCGCCAAGGGCAACAUGCCGACCGUCGAGAAGCUCGACGACGACUUCCUCCCGGACAAGGCCCUGGGCCCCGGCGGCUACAUGCAGCGCGCGCCGGCCGCCAACCACAAGGGCAAGCGCUGCAACUACUACAAGUCCUGA